AGGUCUUGCUUCCUGCUGUCAGAGAGUCUGAGGGCCGCUCGCUCAGCCCACAGCCAUGCCUGACGUGAAGCCCCCCCCACCAUGUGACUACCCCUCCUCCUCCUCCGCCUCCCCCUUCGACCUCCUCAUAGACAUGGAGCCCUGCAUAGCCAACCUCCCCCUCUCCCCCGACCCCUUGUCCUCCUCCUUCCCCCGACACAGACCCAGCUUCCUUCACUACCCGGGCCUCCCGCCCUACCCUCUCCUGGCCCGGUGCAACAGCAGCACCCUGCUCACAAACCUGGGAAUGAGGUACUGCAGACAGGGCCCCAUGGGGGGGGGUGGUCCGGGUCAGGGGGGUGGUCCGGGCUCCUGUAGCUACACCGCAGGCAACAGGCCUUACAGGAGCAUGGAGAACCUGAACUGGAACAAUGUGGCCGAUUCUGGGCUGUGUGCAUUCAGUGCCGCGCCCUACAGGAGCAUGGACAGUGAGUUUAUUCUACGCUACACCUCCACCAGCCACUGGUAUGAUGGGCCCCCGGAUGGUUCUGUACUGGGGGCCCCUGGGCUCGGACCAAACCAAGAGGGCCUGGCGUUUUACCCUCGACACGGGCUGCCUAGGAAGGACUUACCGCUUUUUCCUCAGCUGCUGUUUCCAGGUGGCGUCGACGAAUGGGAUGCGAGGAAAGGCCUGAGGGAGAAGCUCCGCCUCCAGAGUGCGAGAUCAUCGAUGGAGCCUAUGAAGCCUCUCCCGAUGCGACCUCAGGAGGCUCAUGUGAAUUCAACGUUCUCUGGGUGCAGGCCUCCGUGCACGAUGCGCAUCACGAGCCCCGAGGAUAUCAAGCAGGAAGUCCUGAGGCGCCUACAGCUCCGCAGGCAGAACAGCAGCCCUAACCUGGCUCCCCACAGCGCCCCCUGCAGCCCAAAAGCUGUUAAGACGUCCUACACAACAGACAACAUUACAGGUGGUGGAUCAGACUCAGAGCGACGGAGACCUCCUGCGGGACGGCUGCACAUCCCCACGUUCGAGGAGUUUAAGAGGAUGAGGCAGAAAGAGACUACAGCGGGUUCUGUGGUUUCUGGAUUAAAACAAGAAGCAGGAGUUUCAGAGACGAAGAGUAGUGUCUCUGAGUUGAGCUUCAGUGGAGGAAGUAGAGAGCAGGAGGUGGGGGGAGUAAUGAAACCUCCCUGUAACACUGCAGCUCCCAUCUCUACCUCCAGAACUUACUCUCCCAUCCGCACAGGCCCGUCUCCACGCUCCCCCCUGCAGCCGCUGGCCAGCUCCACCCAGGAGAGAGGCUCCUCUGCUGGGGGAGAGGAUGGGGGCGGCAGGCGGAGGAGGAGCAGUUUGGAGCCAGCCGGGUCGGUACCUUUCCCGCCCUACAGGGAACAUUUUGACCGGCCCUCCAGCUGCUGCCCGGCUCUUCUGGACGGGACGGACCUGUCCAGCUACGGAGCGAAGAUCUACAAGAUGAAGGACGGACUGAUCGGAUCUGCGCUGGACCUCAUCAAGAAGAGGUUAGUCUGA